UCUCUAACCUCUCCAUUUUUGUUUGUAGUAUUUGUUUAGUUGUAUUGUUUUCGUCUUAUUUAAGAACUUUUGUUACAGCCAAAUAUAAAAAUGAAGUUAUAUUUUGUUUUUGCGUGGUUGCUUUAUUAUAACACUUCAGAAUCAAAGGUUUUGCCAGAAGAAAUAAACCACAAAACUAAACCAAAUCAAGAUUUGAAUAGGGUAUCCGAUUUUAGAAUAGAUUCAUCUCCAUAUAUAAGGCAUAAGGAACGCAUUAAACCAAAGGGGGAAAGAUUUAUGGAUACUUCCUUCAACAUGAAUAUGCAAUACUGCCAAAGAUCUGCAAAAUGUCAGACAUUAAACCACACAAACUGUAUGGGAGCUAGAUUGCCCUAUUAUUCAACUUCUCUGGAUCUUACAGAUUUAGAUAGCCAGUAUAAAGUUUAUGAAAAACUGCAGUUAUACGAGCAGUAUUUGAAAUAUUUACCAAAGUGCUGGGCUGUUAUACAGCCAUUUCUUUGUGCUUUGUACAUGCCUAAAUGUGAGGAUGGAAAGGUGGACCUCCCUAGUAGAGAGAUGUGCAGGAUAACUCUACAACCUUGUCAAAUAGUUUACAACAGCUCAUCAUUUCCAGAGUUUUUUAACUGUGAAGAUGAUAGGUUUUUCCCGCCAAUGUGCAAAAAUGAUAUCCAUGAAAUGAAAUUUAACACUACAGGGUAUUGUAUGGAUCCUUUAAUAAAGACUGAUAAACCUGAAUGGUGGUUUAAAGAUGUUGAAGGCUGUGGCUUAAAAUGUAAAGAUUCUCUUUACACAGAGAAUGAACAUUACCAAAUCCAUAAACUAGUAACUUACUGUGCCUUAGUAUGUAUAUUACUAAACUUGUUUGCAGUUGCAACAUUUAUUAUAGACUGGAGGAGUGCCAAUAAAUACCCAGCAAAAGCUAUUUUUUAUGUCAAUAUAUGUUUUCUUAUAUCGCAUGGUGGAUGGUUGGUCCAAUUUUUGGGGUAUGAUACUAAAGAAGACAUUGUUUGUAAAAAAGACGGCACUUUAAGAAAAUUCGAACCAAGUGCCACGGAAAAUUUGUCUUGUGUCAUUGUUUUCUUUAUGGUAUACUAUUAUUUCAUAGCUGGAAUUGUGUGGUUUAUGAUAUUCUGUUACGCUUGGUAUAUGAGCUCUUUACAAGCACUAGGUAAGAUUCAAGAACGAGUUGACAAGAAAAGGGCAUAUUUUCAUUUGGUAGCAUGGAGUUUACCACUAAUCUUAACUAUAACUACCAUGGCUAUUGGGGAAAUUGAUGGAGACUAUGUGACCGGAAUUUGUUUUGUUGGGUUUGUGGACACAGCAGCUAGCACGGGACUGCUGUUGGUGCCAUUGCUUGGUACAAUGACAGUUUCAGUGUAUAUCAUUAUAAGAGGCCUCAUACUUUUGAUAAAAGUAAAAAUUGACGGGAAAGAAGUGAUGUCUCAACAUUCAAGCAGACAAAUUCAAAAGAACAUUGUUAGAAUGAGUGUUGUUAUGAUACUAAUGGUGAUAUUUUCUAUUGUUACAGUAAGCUAUCAUAUUUAUUUUGCUAGCAAUAAGGAUUCUUGGAAUAUAAGUUUGCAAAACUAUAUUCUGUGUAAGUUGACAACAUUUAGUUCAGACUAUUCCCAUUGUAAACAAACACAAAGGCCCAGUGUUGCGAUGUUGCAGUUGUCACUGUUGGCUAUAUUCGGAAAGGGUAUAGCCAUGGCAUCUUGGGUUUGGUGCGAACCAACCCUCCAUGCCUGGAGAAGAUAUAUACGAAAAAAAUUUCAUUGUGAAGUUGAAGAGCCAAUGAAAAUUCAGAAACACAAAAUCAUCGCCCGGGCGUUUGCCAAACGAAAAAUAUUCAACGAGGGUGGCAAAAUCUCGAUUUUCAGUCAGAAUCACACCGACCCUGUGGGUUUGCAGUUUGAAUUAAACAGCGAAGCCAGUAACGAACUGUCCACGACUUGGGCAAAAAAUUUACCCCGCUUAGUGAAUCGAAGGCACGCGGUCCCCAAUGAAAUAUCUUAUUCCGCGACCAGUGAUAAUCAGUCAAUUGAUUCGGAGGUUAGUUUGAAUGUCCGUCAUGUCAGUAUCGAAUCGCGGAGAAAUUCGGGUGAUAGUCAAGUGUCGGUGCAAAUUGCCGAACUUAAGGCUACAAGGAAAGUUAAUUCUAGAAGACACCGUAGACAUAAUAAGCACCAUUUCAGAAGCACCUCGCGAAAUAUUGGCACCUCAUCUAGAAGGCUUUCGGGAUGUGCUCCCAAACGGGAUAGCACAACCAGUCUCGACUCGUAUUUACAAAUUCUGGCAUUGACCAGCAGUAAAAACAUAAAAAAUUUUGCGCCGAAUUUGAACAGGAGAACUGCCAAUGCCGGGCUGGAGCUAUCAAACGGGAUGAUAGCUAGACCCCACAAUAUUCACAGUGGGUCAGAAGAUGAAAAUGUCUCCACAAGGAUAUCAGAAGUGGAUAUGAGAUGCCACAAUCGACAUUUGGAUUUCACCGAUCAAAUUGCCAUGAGACAGUUGACCGAUGGUUUGAAUUUCCACAAGCUUCCUAACACGGAAAGUGACGAGGAUAAAACCAGUAACAAAGACAAUCGUCCAGAAAAGCACUAUUCCAAGUCGGGCAGAGAUUCCCAUUCCAGUAGGAAAUCCAAGAAGUCGAGGAGAUCUAGCUCAUGUUCGGAGUCGGACAACAAAAAGCGCCAGAGCGACAGUUCCAGUUGCCUCGAAAUCAAGCAAUUGGUUAGUUCAUUGAAUUCAAACGCGAGCGUGGGGCGUGAAAAGAUUAACUGCGGCUCGCGGCAGUCGAAGACGUCGAUGGACGUGGCGGUACAAGCGAACGGUUACGAUUUGGACUUGGAAAUACAAAACAAGAGCAACGAAAUUGACAGAUCCAAAACGAAGCAAACGAAAACGAACGAAAAUAAAAGGUACCGCAGACAAAGUCGGUACAGCGACGCGGACAACAAAGGUAGAGAAAAAAUUAAACGAUCGAAAGAGAAAUAUAGGAUGGAGGGGAGUCAGGAAGAAAGGAAAUGCCUCCGCAAAAGUUCUAGCAAAAGGUGUUCCGAUGGCAGCGACGACGAGUCUCUUAUUAUCGAUAAUCUGUGCAGGUAGGGUACCCAAGACGGAUGACAAAUUUGAAAGUUCUACCAGUAAGAAGUUUAGUUUUUAAUUUUUAAGUGAGGGAUUUUUUUGGCAAGUUACCAUUGAUUUGACAUCGGUAAUAGACCCGUUAGAGCCCCUCUGCAAAAUAAUUCAAAAAUGAAAGAGUAGAUGGUUAACCCAGUGCCGAAACGAUUUUCAACAAUUUGUUAUAACAUAAUUCAAGAAUUGCACAAUUUUCUGCUUGAUCAUUUGCAUUUAAUUUGAAAUACAUUUUUAUAUAACGUCAGUUAUCAACCUAUUAGACCAAACGGCAGGCUAAAAUAUGGCAUUGCAAAAGUGGCAUCUCAUGUUUGUCCCAAUUAGACAGAUUCCUUCUUUAUCAAACGAACGAGUUUAUCCGAAUCUGGUUCUAAAAU